GUUCAAGCAAUAUGGCAGAUUAGAUGUUCAGAGAAACCUCCUCUAGUAAAGAACUCAAAUGCUGUAUAAAAUGUUAAAACAGCUUUUGGAAGGCAUGGCUGAGUUGGAAGCAAAGUAAGGGGGAAAAUAUGAGGCUCUAUCUAAUAAGAAAGCCCAGUUCCAUAGAGAUAAUUGAGCCCUGGAACCCAUUUUAUCCCUGAGGACACCUUCCAUGAUCUCUCAUGGCCCAGAACCUGGGCAUUAAGGUGUUUCUGCUUGCAUGGGGCAAAGGACAAAAUCUGACUGUCAUGCUCACUGGGAACGGCAACUUAGAUAGAUGCAGUCUCCCAUGGGGAACAGACAGUAUCUGAGCAGCAACAACCUGGAGGGAUGGAGACAUGAUAAUGGAUUCUGAAUUAAUGCAUAGUAUGGUUGGAAGCUAUCUUAAACCUCCAGAAAGAGUGUUUAUUCCAUCAUUUAGCCAGAAUUAUGAAUCAUCUCAGACUCACCACUCUGCAAACUUAGAAGUUACUGCUCCUAAAAUGCUUCAUAGUCCAAAUAGCCAAGCUCUUAUUUUAGCCUUAAAAACUCUUCAGGAAAAGAUUCAUCGUUUAGAGUUGGAGAGAACACAAGCUGAGGAUAACCUAAACGUUCUUUCCAGAGAAGCAGCACAGUAUAAAAAGGCCUUGGAGAAAGAAACAAAUGAGAGAAAUCUGGCACACCAGGAACUGAUAAAGCAGAAAAAAGAUAUUACUAUACAGUUAAGUUCAGCUCAGUCUCGUUGUACUCUUCUAGAGAAGCAACUAGAAUAUACAAAGAGAAUGGUUCUCAAUGUAGAACGAGAGAAGAAUAUGAUCCUAGAACAACAGGCCCAGCUUCAAAGGGAAAAAGAACAAGAUCAUAGGAAGCUGCAAGCAAAACUUGAAAAGCUUGAUGUCUUAGAAAAAGAAUGUUUUAAACUUACAACCACUCAGAAAACUGCUGAGGACAAGAUUAAACAUUUAGAGGAAAAACUGAAGGAAGAAGAACACCAGCGUAAGCUAUUUCAAGACAAAGCAUCUGAACUUCAAACUGGACUUGAAAUCAAUAGAAUUUUAAUGUCUUCAGUAUCAAAUCCAAAACGCUCCAAGGAGAAGAAGAAGUCUUUGAAGAAAACUAAAUGUUUAAAGGGAGGACCACCUCAGCAAAUUUAUUCAAAGCUUGGAUCACCGCCUAUUACGGCUGAGAAGUCUUCCAGUGCAAGCUAUUCUGUGAAUGCAAGUAUGCAAAGCCUCCUGCAGUUGAUGCAACAUUACGGGCCACAUACCUGUCAGAAACUUACUGAAGUUACGGAGCCUCGCUGUCUCUACAAGCCUACUAGAAUAACUUCCCAGGGUAAAGCUGAACCUUCUGAUUCAAAAAAUUCCAUUUCUAUUGGCGACAAUCUGUCUGAACUUUUGAUGGCAAUGCAGGAUGAGCUGGACCAAAUGAGUAUGGAGCAUGAAGAACUACUGAAUCAAAUGAAGGAAACUGAAAGUCAUUCAGUCUGUGAAGACAUAGAAUGUGAACUAGAGUAUUUAGUUAAGAAAAUGGAAAUUAAAGGAGAACAAAUUUCCAAACUGAUGAAGCAUCAAGACAAUGUCCGUAAACUGCAGCAAAAAGUUCAAAACUCAAAGAUGAAUGAAGCUUCAGGUAUUCAGCGAGAAGAGAGCAACCUUAAAGGAUCAAAGAACAUAAAAAAUAGUCCCAGAAAAUGUUUGCUAACUAACUCUCUUCAGAAGAACAGCAACUUUCAUCCAGUACAAGUCCAUAAUCUUCAAAUGAAAUUGAGAAGAGAUGAUAUCAUGUGGGAACAGUAACACAAUAGUAAAACUGUCACCUUAAAUGAACUCUGUCAGUGAGAUCUUGAAUUGUCUAAAGUGGUUUUAAUUUAAUAUGCCUUUAUGAGAUUUUGAAUUAUGUUUCUAGUCCCUAUAAAGUGUCAGGCUGUAGUAUUUUUAAAUUAAUGCCUAAUGACCUCCUACGAGUCACAAAUAAUAAAUGACUGUGUUUUUUCUCUUACUGAC